GGCGGGUAUAUCUGGUGUACCGCAGCCCUUCUCGCCCUCUCCCAUCCGUCGGUAGCCUCGCCCCUCUCACUCCUCCGCCGUCUCAAUACCGCUAAAUUUCCUGCCUGGCAAGUCAGUCACUCUACUAGCAUGUUGUCUGUCAAGCUGACGACCAGCGGACACGGCGGCCGAGCGCCUGAAGACGACGACAUCGCCGACAGCCUCCGCUCCCUCGUCGCAGAGUUCACAGGUGCGACAAAGAGGACAAAAGACCUGAGGAGAGCGUCGGAUCUCUCUGUGUGCUGGGUGCGCGUGUGUGUCUGCAGGCGUGUACGAUGGCGGCGUGUCGUGCGAGAAGGUUGACGACAUCUCCCACGAGAUCCAGUGCUGCGACAACCAGACGACUGAAGACUUCUUCAACCGAUUCAGCGCGUUUCAGCGGUUCUGCACCGAUGUAAGGAAUGGUGGUGGAUGGCCGGAGCAGGCGUGACGUGACACACUCAUCUCUCUGUGUGUCUGUGCGUGGUGUGGUUGCCAUGGUUGGUGCAGCACGACCGCAAUCUGUUCCUUGUGCGGGGAUGCACCAUUGCGGGUGUGAAGCUGAUGCCGACGAGGGACCCCGGCGCGAGACCGUUCAACCUGGUGCCCGUCGACCACACACUCCUCACCGAAAAGACGGUCGGUUGGCCGAUGGACGGGCGGAUGGUGGAUGUACCACUGUGUGUGUGUGUGUGUGUGUGUGAUGUGUGUGCGUCAUGUGUGUGUUGUGUUGUGUUGGUCAGAUCCGCGGGAGCACGUCGUUCAUAUUCCGUUCUCUGCUUCGCGUGAUGCACAUCUACCGCGACUCACCCACCGACUCGCGAGUCUACCUGUCCGGUGAGCCGCGCACCUGCACACACACACAUAUGAUUCCCUGCACAAGGAUGCUGUCUGUGGUUGUUGAUGUCACCCGCGCGCAGGUGUGGAUUUCAUUCUGGAGCGUGUGUGGGACCCACUGCGACUCUUCAAGGAAGGUCGGCAACGCUGCACGACCCACACACACACCACACACCACACACCACACACACGAAAGACGUAUGUUGAUGUGUGGUCUGUCAUGUGUGUGUGAAGGCGACAAGGAAAAGUUGUUUGAGGUGUCGAUCGUGCGCACCCAGGGCAGCCGUGCGGGCCGCACCGGACUCGCUGUCGUCACCGUCGAACCUGCUGACGAAAUCGAAACACCGAUGGUGCGCUGUUAACGACCGAAUCACCCACAUGUGGCCCGCCCGCCGAUGUGUGUGUGUGUCCAUUGCACCAGACCGCGAUCAAGACGGCGUCGAUGUGUGUGUACGACCAGGCCAAUAACCAGGUGCUCAUGCUCAAGCGACACAACACAGGUACGGUGACGAGACGACACGCAUCCAACUCACGCGCAGAAAUGGGACCUUGCUGUGCUUGGGUGUGUGUGUGUGUGUGUAGAUGUGGGUGCGGAUUUGGCCUGGCGCAUCAAGGCCUUCUGGGAGGCCAGACCCGGGGAGCGAUCGUCGUGCGACAGACUACUGGUGAGGGAAUCAGAUCAGCCGAACCGAUUCUCACACACGACACGCUCACAGCUUGCUCUCUUGUGCGCGUGUGUGUGUGUGAUGUGAUAUUGUCAGUCUCGCAUUGACGUGACCAAGUUGUCUGAUGAGGAGCUGCACCUGCUGUGCAACUUCGACCAAUACACGUGUUUCAGAGUCUUCUUCGGUCGGUGUGUGUCACUCACACACAGGACACUUACAAGCCUUUUGCAGACGCUAGUGUGCGUCGUCGUGUGCACUGCAGGUGCGUUUAUGUUCCGGGGCAGCCGCACCCCGCAGCACAUCCACAGCGAUGUCCUCAAGGAAGCCGCAUUCAUGCAGCUCGUGAGAAUCGCCCCUCCCUCCCGGACAACACAUUACACACAUGCUAUCGAAUUGAUUGAUAUCUUCGGUCAGAUUGUGCAUUUUCGGCUGGAGCAUGAGCGACGGCAGGCGGAAGGCAUCAGAGUCGACCAUGACACGUGCGCGAUAGGACCCACACAUUCGGACAUACGCAGGCUUGAUGAUGAUCUCCGCUGUGUGUGUGUGUUGGUGCGUGUGACGACAGGUGGUGUCUGAUGGGCGGCUCACCCCGCACCAACUUCAGCCCGGUGACUGGCGAGUGGGUGCUCGAGACGCCCCUCGAGCGCGCCUGCACAUCCGUCAGAGACGAGAUCGGCGUCCACUGUAAGCUCCGAUCCACCAACACGACACGCCAUCACACAGAGGGGUGCACCCGUGUCUGACAAAAACAUCGUCAGGUGGGUAUUGGUGCGACAUGAGUUCGGUGCACCUGAUGCGGUGCCAGAGCCCGGCCGCCAACGGCCCCGAGAGCGACACCCACAGCGAGGCCUCUGCGGGCAGCACACGAGACACACCAACACACACCAUUCCCAUCGACGAUGGCGGCGUCGCCUAUGUCGACGCACUGCGCCACGACGGCAAGUUCAAACACCGGUACGUUGCCUGCCAUUUGUUAUGUGCCGUCCGUGGUGGCCAGCAGCAGCAACAGACAAAUGCUUGAAUGAUGUGUGUGAGUCGAGUCAAGGGAAUUGUGUGUGUGUGUGUGUGUUGGUGUGUUUUGGUUGCUGCACUGUACUGCACUGCAGCAUCUACGUCUGUUUCGUGAGUGAGGAGAACAUGGCUGCCGGCAUGGAGGACCCCAAGAGACUCCGACUCAAGGUGCGUGGCGUGGCGUGGGGGGACACAGACAGAGAAGAGUUGGAUGGCAUCGAUGCCAUCAACCGUGAGUGCAGGACACGUGUCAUCAUGAUGUUGUUGUGCAUGUGUGAUUGUCGUGUCAGAAUGAGAGCGAGCGCUGCUACGCCCGCUGGAUACCCCUAGAGAAACUGUCGACAUGCCUACGGUGAGCAUGGCAUGCUGGCAGCCAGGCCAGUCAAUGCACACGACGAUCCUUUCCGCACACUGAACAUUUCCCUGUCUGUGUGUGCGCAGUCGCGGCGCCGAGUACAACCUGGCCGAGUGGAUCAAAGACCUGUGCAUGACCAGGUAGGCGCCGCAAACACGCACCACAUGACAUAAGAUACACACGCGCCCGUGUGUCUGUCCUUCUCAGUUCGCCCAUCCACAGCCGCCAGCCGCUGCUCAUUCGCGGCAACAUCCCCCUCAAGGACAAGAACCACCCCUCCCUCAACACCCGCAGGGACCGAGACAGAGACCUCAACAGCAGCAGCAGCAGCAGCACCGACAACCGACGCGGCAACAACAACCGCAGCAACCAGAACGGCAUCACGAUACGGCCUUCCAACACGACGCCGCUCGACACCAUCGACAACUGGCGAUCGGGCGGCGACAACCAGCAGCAGCAGCAGCAGUAUGUCCCCAGGAAGAGCAACUCGAUGGGUGUGGGUGUGGGUGUGGGGGACGGUCCGCUGCUGGGGCCGGGCCGAGAGGAGAGGGGGGGCGAGAGGGGCAAUAACAUGCGCAACAUGGGCAAUCGCACCAACGAUGGUCAGUCAGCGAUGCGAUUCGUGUGCAUGUGCUUGGAUGGCGUGUGUGUGUGUAUGGUAUGGCAUGCAUCGAUGGCAUCAGGUCGUUCUGGCGGUUCUGGUGGGUCCAAUCGCGCUCCUCGCGGCCGCGCUGACCAGAGCGACAACUGGAGGGCAUGAAUUAUCAACACAGCAACACAGCGAGGGAAUGAGACAGACUAGACUGGUCCACAUCACAUACUACUAUAUACCUUCUACUACUGAAGGGGCGGGAGGGGAGUGGGGUCACCCCGCCGGCUGGUUGGUGGAAUUGGGAGAGAGGACAAGUCUUCCUUCGUACCUACCGUACACACCUAUAUAUGGGGAUGUGAUGUAUGUCUCUAUCUACCCAUUCAUAAAUACUCACAUACAUCUCCUGCUAGACUACGCUACGCAAUGCUAUGCUAUGUUUGGUGGUCAACGGUGCAUACGGCGCCGUCUUUUCCGUUGUUGGCUGGUGCGGUCAGCCAGACAACGACAUGUGUCGUGUCGAUGUAGAUCAUGUUACGACACACACACACACACACACAGAGAGAGAGAGAAAGAUACAGAGUGAGAAGUGGACCACUUCAUUAUGGAUACGCUCGUUCAUUCAUUCAGCGAGUGGGUGUCACGAGCGGGGAGGGGGGAGGGAGCGGAGCGCAGCAAGAACCAGCAAUUAUGGCAUGGAUGGAGGCAGGCCUGGGAGGCAAUUGGCAGGUAUGGCUGCUGUGCUGUGGGUGAGUCAGUCAGUUCGCGUGUGUGGUGUUCGGAUAAAACUGGCCGGAUCCACGCGGACCGACGUACGUUACGUCACGAGCAGCCCGCCCAUACAAUACAAUACAAUACACCACAGAUCGACAGCCACUGCUAUGUAACCCCAUAUGACGGACAGACAGACAUGUGCGUGCGGUGGGCGGGGCGGGGCGUGUGGUUUGGGUGACUGACUGCACUGGCACUAUUCUACAGCUGCACGUCUUUAUGUAGCCAUCCAUGUUCUAUAGGCGAGAGAGAGAGAGGGAGAGAGAGGUGUGGGUAGGUGACGAGAUGAUGAGUUGCACCGCCGCAACAAACCUCCUUCAGGCAUGUGGACUCACGCGCACUUGCGUGAGAAAUGACGACGUGUCAUUCGAUGUAGAAACCAUCUCA